AUGUCUUUGGCUCCCAAAAAUGACGGUAUAUGGUUUGCAUGCACUACAUAUACAAUUACAUAUAUAGAUUUUUCCUUGGUGUAUUCGCUUAGUGGAACUCCCACCACACCUGCUGAAGGAAAAUCUGUUAAGGGGAAUGGUACUUCGAGUGCUGAUUUCAGUGGAUUUCAAUAUGUACUUCUUCCCUACUCUACCAAUGGCACUAUCAACUACUGUGGAUCUAGUAGUACUGUUUGUCGUUUUGUACAAUAUAAUAAUUACAAUCUCCCAAGAGAUUAUUAUUGCAUUGGAGUCAUUAAUCCAAAUAAUGUAGACUAUUAUAUGACGUUGGUAUAUACUUUCGGAGGUACCGAAGCUGCUCGUCGUAGUGUUGAUGAAUCUAUGAACUCACCCAAAAAAGGAAUUUACGCACGUGAAUUUUAUCGACGUGGUCACGGUGACUUUAUGGCUGAACCUUCAAUUGAUUUAUCUAAGUUUAAAAAUUCUUAA